AUGCUCAUCAGCAUCCCGUCGAGUUUCUUGAGAGCCGGGAGGUUUGAGUACAGGUCAGAUCUCUGCCGAGUCACCAUUAUCUCGAAGCUGGCGCCACCUGGAACUUCCUGCACAGACGGGACGAGUUCGACUAUGGAGUCGCUAACGCAGAGGAGCCACUCCAUCUCACGCUGCCACAUGGAUUUUUUCUGUGGAGAUAAUGGUUCCAGCUUCCAGAUGUCUCCAAAGACACUAGCUGCGAGAUUAGUGAUUGCGUUUGAAAUUGCUAGAGCAGUGCUCACUCCCUGGCCUCCACCGGACAUGUCUUCUCCCAGCAACAAUUUCGAAAAUCGUUCCUUCAUCAUUUCAGCUUCUGCAGAGUCACAAAAAUCAGAAUCCACAUCCUCAUCAGAAAGCAUAAAUGCACUAGAAAACAGCAUAGAUCAACUCUGUUAG